GACUUAUACACACUUUAUAGAGAUUACGGAACAUAUCCAUGGAUAAUAUAAGAGCGAGUUAGAAGAGGGGAGAGUCCAUCCUUUUACUCGCUCCUUUUUCCGAUUCUUCAUAGAGUGGUGGUUUGGGUGGUAGCGUGCAUUACAGACUUACGAAUGCACACAAGUAGGAUGAAGAUAUUCUUUGAAUGAUGUGCAUUUCGCGAUCCUCUAGAGAAGUUUGACGAUUCGAAAAGUAGUGGGCCGGGUCGGGGAUCUGACGUUAUUGCAUUGGAAAAAGCUUCGAAAAUUAAAUAGAGAAUGUAGAAAAGCGAGCAAGGAAGAGAGAAAGUGUCGGUGCAGAGGUCACAGUGAGAAAUAAGGGAGGUGCAGCAAAUAUUUUUAUGCUCAGGAGUUGCCACGUCGGAAGAAGAUGGCAGUCAUAGCGUGAUUUUGCGAGCCGGAUGGAAGUGGAAAGCGAGAAUGAACUGAGGACAUAUACAGCCACGCGCACGGGAAUCGGAUUCGUUGUUGCGCUGUUUUCCGUUCAUCCUCAACGAAGACGCACGUUCUCAUCAGUCAUUCAUUGUUUUUUUUUCCUUCGGACUGCCGUUCCCUCAUCCUAUGUGAAAUCUUUUCCCUCUUUUCCCUUUACCUCCUUUAGAUCUUGUUCCAAAUAAUAAUUACGCAAAUCUCUGUGAAGUUUGAUCAGGUCGCGAAGUUUUCAACGGAAGCCUUCGUACUGGCCUAAAGUGCAAAGAGAAAAUUUUCGCUUCCUUCUCACAUACCUUCUCCCGUAUAUCUAAACUGUCCCAAAUUCAACGGUUAUCAUCGAAGUUUAUUGAAAGUGUAACGAAGUCAAGAGCAAAGAAGAAAGAACAAAAUAAUCAUGAGUGAAAGGUGAAAUACGACUAAUUGUGAUCGGUUACGGUGUAGUGUAAUGCGAUCUAUUCAUCGAAUUCAUAGGCCGGUCAGUGAACGUGCCAAGUUUGUAAAUCCUUCAUAUGGUUAGCCUUUUUACUAAGCCUAUCUGCUUCUUACUAAACAAAGAUUUACGUGUUUGAUAGUCGAGUAGUGUUUUGUAUAUAAAUCCGACAUGACUGCAAUCGUAUACAUUGAUCACUUAUGUAGAAAGGUUUGUUGAAAGAACAAUAAUGAUUUGUAAAUGCAAUCAAAAAUGUGUCCUUUACAAUGUUCAUCAAAUAUAACUUUUUCAUUAAGCAACGGACAAAGAAAAUACAAAAUCUCGUGAGUGCACCUUCACAAAUGGGAUAAAGUGAUCUGCUGCGCAAUAUUUGUGAAAAAAACGACAUUUGCUGUUAAUUCGUAGCCAAAACAAUUUCAAGCUAAAAAUUGAAAUGUCUAUUUGAGUGAAAUAAUAACUAAAGAGAAAAGUUAAUAAAUUGAAAAAAGUCUCAAAAUAACGGGCGUGUGAGGGUUACAGUCCUGUGUACAUGAUAGUUCCUCUUAUUUCCUGAAGAAUUUGAGGAGAUUCCGGCGAUGAGUGCCAUUACCGACUAUUCCUAUUUGGUCGGUAUUAAAGAAUCUGAAGUUGAAAAAUUGGAAAUACGAAUAUAUAAAUUUUGAAUCGUUAAUAAUAGCCGAUCUUUCAUAUUCAAAUAAAUGAUGUUUCAUAUUUAUUGUUUAUUUUUAAUUAUCGUACGAGGAUGCUCGGCGUGAUGAUGUGCAUUUCGCACUGUGUCUAAUUUUAAACAAGGUGCCACGAUCAUGUCUCAAGCAAGGGCAAACAAAAGGAUUAGGGGUAGCAGCAAUUUUAUAAGCAAGAAAACAAUAAUUAUCGGAAUGAAAACACAAGAAAUCUUUCGAUCAAAAAACACAGUAGUUUUUCAAAGAUUUGGCAAAAUGGGUAGUGAAAAAAUUAUUGACUUUCGGUGGACGAUUUUAGAACUUGUCAACGAUUGGAGACAAAGCGAGUGCUUUGCGGUCGUUAUGUAAAAUGAAUUUAAACAAUGUUGUUAAGACAUAAACAUGUUUUGGGUACACUGCGGACUUUUUGUUCUCAUGAUUGCCGUACCUGGAUUUCAUAGCAGCGCAGACAGCACAUCAAAGCGAGAAGCUGACUAUACUUUGGAUGAUUCCUUUUGGAACGAAGAAACUCCAACGGGUGAGGUCGAGAAACUUUUGAGAGUUUACCGGCAGAACGAAGAACUCGUACGGAACAUUCGCAGCCAUUCUUAUCAAAUAAUAUUUCCAGUACAGUUGCGACAUCACGAAAAAAUGGGGAUAUCGACGAGGGAAGCUGGUGGUCCCAAGUUUCCACAGAGAAGCGGUUAUGGCGACGGUGGAUAUCAAAAUGCACGAGGAAGAACGAGAGCGAGGAAACACUUUCACCGGACAUCUCUCUUAAUCAAAGCCUUCAAUCAUAAAUUUCGCCUAGAUUUAGAAUUAAAUACACAACUGUUGGCGCCGAAUUUGAGGCAAAAGGACUUCCUCCCAAGUGGCGCCGAACAAGAAUCGAAACAGGAAAUUGAGCAUUGCUAUUAUCACGGUACUGUAAGAGAUUAUCCUGGCGCUAGUGCUGCAUUUCAUACGUGCAAUGGCGUGAGCGGCAUUAUACAUCUUGGCAAUGAAACGUUCGUCAUUCAACCCUUUUACGGAGGUGAUUUGUCGCAGGUACAUCCUCACGUUAUAUUUGAAGCUCGAACGAACUCGAAUCAAGGAUGCGCUAAUACAAGUCCUGUGGAUAAUCGAGGAAAUAAAAUUCGUCGACAAAAACACGUACUUGGUCUUUCGGAAACGAAUCCGAAUCGUUUCAAGCGGGAUGUCCGCGAGGCUACGAAAUACAUCGAAACUGCCAUUGUCAUUGACAAAGCCAUGUUUGAUAAAAGGAACGGCAGCUCAAGAUCGGAAGUCGUUCAUGAUGCCAUCCAAGUUGCAAAUAUAGCAGAUCUCUAUUUCCGCACCCUCAAUACGAGGGUCUCUGUAAUUUACGUAGAAACAUGGCACGGUGGGAAUCGAGCGAAAAUUGACUCGAAAAUGGAAAUUUACAAAGCGCUUACGAAUUUCAAUGAUUACACCAAAAGAAACAUUUACGAAGUUUCUUCGGAUACAACUCAAUUGCUCACGGGUGAAACGUUCCAAGGUGGUGAGUCGGGAUUGGCAACUGAGGCAACUGUUUGCAGCACUACAUCCGUAGGUGUUAGCGUUGACGUCAAUACAUACGAGCCUCAUUUACUAGCCGGAACCAUGGCCCACAUGAUCGGUCAUAAUAUUGGAAUGGGUCACGAUGACGGGAGAGAUGGCUGUGUUUGUCGGGAUUGGCAUGGCUGCAUAAUGGCAAAGUCUAUCGUCGGAUUAGAUAACGUCCAGCCAUACAAAUUUUCUGAAUGCAGCAAAUCCGAUUAUCAAGAUGAUUUGCAACAAGGCAGCGGCAUUUGUCUACUGAAUAAGCCAAAUGAGUUGAAGCUGAGAUCGUGCGGGAACAGAGUAAUAGACGACGGCGAACAAUGUGAUUGCGGAACGAUAGAGGAGUGUCCUGAUUUAGAUCCUUGCUGCGAUCCAAUCACGUGCAGGCUCAAAUCAGAAUCAGAGUGUGCCUCCGGUCCUUGUUGCAACAAUUGCAAACUCCGCGUACGAGGGCACGUUUGUCGCGAAUCAACGAACGAAUGUGAUUUACCGGAAGUGUGUUCUGGUGAGUCCGGACAAUGUCCAAGCGAUGUAUACAAAAAGAAUGGUACACCAUGCUCGAAAGAUUCGAGCUAUUGCUUCAACGGUUUAUGUCCAUCGUUGGAUCUGCAAUGCGAGCAAGUAUGGGGAGAAGGAGGAAUCUCUGCUGACAAGCAAUGCUUCGACCAAUUCAAUUCCAAGGGCUCGAUGAACGGCCAUUGUGGCACUAAUAAUUCAGGCCAUUAUGUAAAAUGUGAAGCUGAGAAUGUCAGAUGCGGAUCACUCCAGUGUCAAAUGGGCAAAAAACAACCAGUGAUAGGAGGAAUGGAUCAACCCUACUUGCGAACCUUUACCUCAAUCAAAGGAAAGGAAUACGAGUGCAAAGCUAUAACCGGGCGACUGGAAGGGUCUGAAGUUCCAGCAAUGGGACUUGUCCGUGAUGGGACAUCGUGUGGUGAUAAUCUGAUAUGCUACAAUCAAACAUGUACGAGUCUAUUUCCACACAUUGAUCCCAACAGAUGCCCAAGCAAUCACAAGAACAACGAGUGUUCGGGAAAUGGAAUUUCUGCCCAUAAACAGGUUUGCACUAAUAUGAACAAAUGUUUCUGCAAUCUCGGCUGGAGUGGUCCAGAUUGUUCAUUACAUCAAGAUAUACCAACUCUGAAACCAACCACCUCCACCACCGAAAAGCCUGGUAAAUCUACCACAGAGACCAAACUCCAGAAGAAAGAGACCCCCUACGAGAACUACCACGGCUCUAACACUGUAUUUUUAGUUGGUAUGCUCAUGUCGGUGGUAGGGGGUGUUUUCGUAGUAUUUGCUCUGAUGGCUCUCUGCUACAGGUCAGUCGUAGUACAUAAAAACUUCUCCCUCUGUCUCAGACGGAAGAGCACGAUCCAAAAGUUCGACCCACCGUAUUCACUAAAACCAACGUCGAAAACGAACGAUUCGUCUAGGGGAAAUCUCCGUCCGGAAGUCGCUGCCCUCGACAACGUAAACAACAUUCUUCAAUAUGGCUCUAUGCCAUCAUACAGCUGUAACGAGGCCCAUCGAGUUCUUUUUCAACCCCAGAACAACGUCGGCGGUGUGGACGGAUCGCGGCCCAAGGACAAUAAAUCUCAGAUGAUGAGUAGACUUGGAGUUGAGGACGCGGAUGGAGGUACGGGGGCCGAGGAGGCUGUCUCUUUCAUUGAUCUCCCACCAAAGAGUCUCGCAAAGUUGCCUGAGAAAGGAAUUUUAAAGAAACACGGUGGUUACGGUUUAGCCGAGGGUACAAUGGUUGACAUGCAACGUACGCUGAAUAGUCUAAAUGGUUAUCACGGUCAUAUAAUGGAAGCGCUAAGAAUAGCUGAAAGUCAUCGCGGAGGUAUGGGAAACACACCGCCAGGCUCAACCACUUUACUAGACGAGGAAGGUUUAAGAAAAUCAUUAGCAGAAUGUGGUUACGCCGAUGCUUACCGGAAGCUUCAACAGCAGCAGCAAUCUUCGCAACAGCAGCAGGAUGGUCAAGAACAUAUUGACAACCAAGACGAUGAUGACGAUGAAGAUGUGCCACCAUCGUGUGGUCCAAUGCGCAUACGUACGCUCGAGGAUAUAAUUAGGCAAUUAGAGCACCAUUCAGCUCGGCACAUGAGUCCAAGCGGGUCCGAAGAUAUGAGAAUUUCGGAGGGCGAGGCUGAUCGUCAUUACAGAAUAGAUUCCUCUGUUUGCAGUGAAUCUUCUCAAGGAAGCAGGAGAUGCAGCCGCGUUCGCGACGAUGAUCGAUUCGUCGUCUAUGGUCGAUAUAGGCAGCCGUCAGUGCGAAGCCCGUACGACACUCAUCAGCAUACGUACCAACAUUCUCGCCAAAUGCACGAAGAGGAGGGAAUCUAUGAAACUGCCGAUCCUGACAGGACCUCAAACACUAGGGGUGAAACGCCUGAUAGCGGAAGCUCAACGACGAACAGCCCGGUGGACGAGUGAAAGGAUGGAAGGCGACUGGUGGGUGAAAAGUGGAUCGAUGGCAAAAAGAAGCGAAUUCCAAGAAUCUGCUAUGUUCCUGUCCAAUGAUUCGAAGUGCGGUCAACUCCAGGAACAAAGAGCUCUCUGAACUCGAAAAUUAAAGAUGGAAAAUCAGGAUAUUACGUCAACGGAGAAAAAACAUAAGUAUCACAAUUUAUCACGUUUUCAUAACGCGAGGUGUACAUUAUUUGCUAUAAAGGUGCUGUUGAAAUAAGGAGUAUAAGAGUGCAAUUUGUAAGACGAUUGAAAGAGCGAUGUGAUCAGAUGAAACAAGGGGAAAAUUAUGGCUGGGUGAACAACUGCCAAUAAACGUUCGCGACUAUCACUCAUCUUCACCCGAAGCUGAUAAUGUCCUGGACGAUCACGAGGAUGACAAAAACAAUAAGCACAAUGUAGACAAAAUUGAUGAGAUGUGUAAAUUUUACGAAAAUUAUAAUAUUAAGGAAAUGAAUAGUAGAAAGUUUUAGGAAAUUAAAACAAAGAACAAAUUUAUAUUUAGUGACAAAAAAGUAGACGGUGAUUUGACGGAGGAGGAGGUUAAAAGUAACAAGGCCAUAAAUGCUCAAUCCAAUCAUGAUAUAAAUGUGUUAUUACCUUAUAAUACUAAUAGUAAUAAUGGUAAUGAUAACUUUGAGAUUAACAAAAUGUGCAUGGGAAUGAGAAUAUGAAUAAGAGUACAGAUGAUUUAAUGGAAAGAGUGGUUUUAAACGAAUUGAACGAGAACCCCAUCCGACGAAAAUAUUACAGCAUUAUAGACUAAGCGUAUUUGCGGGCGGUGGAGGUUAAAUCAAGGCAAGGGGUAUUUAUUCUUUGCUGAUGAAUUUUCAAUUGAGAAUGAUCAGGGCAGUAGAAUAACAAAAGUGAGAAUAUAGUCCUACUGCUUUCCCCUUCCUUCUGCCUCCGUACUUUCCUGAGUACAAACAUUGAUAAUUAUUAAUCGACGACAGGUGAUUUCGAAAACCAGAAUGAUCUACAAUAAUUGCGAAGCUAUUUUGCAGACAUCAUAAUCAUAUGAAAAUCAAAUAGUCACUAUUGUGUUGAUUAAUGUACACAAAAUUAACUUUUUCAUUAUUAGAUAUUGGUGUGAUGUUAUCUCGGACUCUCAUUUUAUACGGAAUACUGUAAAUAAAUAAAAUUAUCCAUUACGAGUAUUACAAUACACACGACAGGUAUUAAUAUUGUAAUAAAAUUUGUAUUAACCAAUAUGUAUAUGUAUACGUUUAUGAAGAUAGCGAAAUGGUACGCGUGCGCGCGCGCAUGUGCGUGUGUGUGUAUGUGUGUGUGUGUGUGUGUCCAUGCGUGCAUCCGCGCUCGAAUAUUUAUUUGUUUGUGGUCAAAAGAGUGAGUUUGGUGAUGUAGUAUAAAUAUAUAUGUAAGCACAUGUCUAAGAAUUGUUUAUUAAUAAACAUUGAUGAAGCGAA